UUCCUCCCCUCCUCCUCUUCCUCUUCUUCUCCUUUCUCCUUCAUCGCCAUCGACGCUCCUCUCUCUGUCGUUCUCUCCCUCCUUGAGCAGGACGAAAAGGAGGCUGUGGUACGCCCGCCUCGUCCGUCCCAGGGCUCCGGAGCGCCACCCCCCGCGCCCCGGUCCGCUCCUGCGUAUGGGCUCACCAUGCGCAGGAUUCGGGCCAACGCCAUCGCGAUCCUGACCGUCGCCUGGAUCCUGGGCACCUUCUACUACCUGUGGCAGGACAGCAAGCCGGCGGCGGGGGCGGCGUCUGCGGCGGCGUCUGCGCCCUCGUCCGCCGGGAAGCACCCGCACCUGGGAGGAGGGCGCCUGGAGCUCCAUCGGGACGACAGGACCAUCCCGCUUAUUGUGAGCCGGCCCCCGCGUGGCGAGCAUCAGGAACUUCUGCUGGGCAGCCUGGACGAGAACAAGUACCUGGACGCCAAGCAGCUGAAGCCCGGGGACGACCCGUACAGAGAGCACGCCUUCAACGUCAUCGAGAGCCACCGGCUCGGAGCGCAGCGACCGCUCAGGGACACCAGACACUACAGGUGCGCUUCUCUAAACUAUGACGUCGACCUUCCGUCCACCAGCGUCGUCAUCACCUUCCACAACGAGGCUCGCUCCACGUUGCUGCGCACCGUCAAGAGUGUCCUGACGCGGAGUCCUCCGCAGCUCAUUCACGAAAUCAUCCUGAUCGACGACUUCAGCUCCGACGCCGACGACUGCCGGCUGCUCGCUCAGAUCCCCAAAGUGCGCUGCCUGAGGAACGGCAGGAGAGAGGGACUUAUCCGGUCCCGCGUUCGAGGAGCCAACUCCGCCUCGGCCCCCGUCUUGACUUUCUUGGACAGCCACUGUGAGGUGAACACUGAUUGGCUGCAGCCAAUGAUUCAGCGCGUCAAGGAGGACCAUACGCGAGUGGUAAGCCCUAUCAUCGAUGUCAUCAGCCUGGACAACUUCGCUUACUUGGCCGCCUCGGCCGACUUGAGAGGAGGAUUUGACUGGAGUCUCCACUUUAAAUGGGAGCAGAUUCCCCUUGAGCAGAAAAUGGCCAGGAGUGACCCCACACAGCCAAUCAGGACCCCGGUGAUUGCCGGUGGUAUCUUUGCAAUGGACAAGAGUUGGUUCAACCAUCUUGGACAGUACGACACCCACAUGGACAUCUGGGGUGGGGAGAACUUUGAGCUGUCGUUCCGUGUGUGGAUGUGCGGCGGGAGUCUGGAGAUUUUGCCGUGCAGCCGGGUGGGUCACGUCUUUCGGAAGCGACACCCGUACGACUUCCCGCAAGGCAACGCUCUCACCUACAUCAAGAACACGCGGCGGGCCGCCGAGGUGUGGAUGGACGAGUACAAGCAGUACUACUACUCGGCCAGGCCUUCGGCGCCGGGCAAAGCUUUCGGCAGCAUAGCCGACCGUCUGACGCUGCGACGGAAGCUGAACUGUAAACCUUUCCGCUGGUACAUGGAGAACGUCUACCCUGAGCUCAGGGUUCCCGAGCAGGAGGCCGUGUCCAGCGUUCUCAGGCAGGGAACGCUGUGUCUGGAGACACGCGGGACGGACGGACUCGGCCUGGCGGGGUGCCGGGUGGUCAGGGGCAGCAGGCCGCAGGCGCAGAGGUGGGAGUUAAUCGAGCCACUGAUCCGCCAGCAGGAUCUCUGCUUGGCCGUCACGCUCUUCACCGCCGGGUCAAAGGUCAGCAUGGAGCCCUGCAACGCCAAAGAGCCUCGACAGAAAUGGAAACCCAAAGGCUCGGCCCUGCAGCACACAGUCAGCGGUCUGUGUUUGGACAGUCAGAGCCCGGGCGGGCCGCCUGUCGUCGCCCAGUGUCGCCCUCAGGUGGCCAGCCAGGCCUGGGAAGCUCAGAUCAUCACCUGAGGGAGGAGCAGAAGGGGAGUUGGGGGGGGGAUUGCCUUGGCCUUGCUUCUAGAUCAGUGUAGGAUGCUCCAUCUUUAAAGGAGGCUGCAGCUCUUCGAACCUAAGCUUGUUGUUUGUUUUUCUACAUUUACGUGUUAAUUCCUUAAAGGGGACAUAUUAUGGAAAUCUGACUUUUUAAUAUUUGUACAGUGAACCACCACAUAGUUGCAAAUUCACCUAUUUGCGGAUUUUCCGGGAUACUAAUGCUGGUUUUGUGCGCAGGCCAAAGCCAUGUUGAAUAUAAAAAUAUUACUUUGGCACCAUCUAGUGGCAUUUUGGAGCCAAUGAACUAUGUUGAAGUGAUAGGAGGAGCUUAAUUGAGUCAGUCAUAGCUUUGUCUAUUAGAAAAAAAGCACUUUGUUGCCAUCUUGUGGCAUUUAUAGGCAAUUACAAAAUAUAUUUGGUGGGUGUUAAUUACUCGCGGUUUAUUUGUGAGUGCCUGUCCACCUAUUAAGUGUGAGAUAAAGCAACCAAGUAAAUCAUGAGCUAUCUGCCUAUUUCUGAAAAUGCGUCCAUAAAUGAGCUGUUCUGAAUUGUGCCUGACAGUGAUGUCACAAUUUGGCAAAUUUUAUAAUCGCACCCCCACACCCAGUAUCUCUGUGCCAAAAUGACACGAUCAGAGAAUCUGGCCAAAGCUCCAGAGCAAAAGAACCACUGUUAUCCACUGUAAAUCUCACCUAAUCACUGUCUUUGAGCUCAGAAUAUCUGGUAUCAUAUUGGUGUUAAGGAAGUAUGUUGGAGUUGAAAAGUUAAUUAGCCAUAAGCAGUGCUUUGCCGCCAUCUUGUGGCAUUUAUGGGCAAUUACAAGCCUUUUUUUGGAGGGGGGGGGAUUCAACUAUUUGCUGCUUUCCCCUAUUUGUGGGGGUGAGUUAGGUACCUUAACCAAUUUGGUGUUGUCUCAUCAUUAAACAAUACCAAAUAAACAACAAUAAUCAGUUAAUAAACAUUAAUCGGAUAGAAUCUGAUUUUGCAAUACAUUUUCAUGCAAAAUUAAAAUGCAUAAUAUAAUAUGUCUCCUUUAAAAAUGUAAGAGGACUGAUGGGCAUAAAGCUGAAGCCAGGUAAUGGUUUUUAUUUAUUGUUCUGCAUGGUUGCACCCAAAUAAUGUUUUUUCUUCUUGUCCUGUGAUAAACAUGUUAUGGAAAUACCUAAA